CCAGAGCGCAGAUCUCCUUCUCGCGUGAUGGAGGACGACGACGACGCCCAGUCCCCGUCGCGCUCGCUGUCCCAAUCCCCGUCGCCGCCCCCGGUCUCUGUGGUGCCCCCUUCCUCCUCCCCUAGCGCCUCUCCCCACCAACCCAACGGCCGCAUCGAUGAGCCUGUCACCGUUGCCGCCGCGCCCCAACACGCCGUCCCCAUCCGGCAGCUGCGCGCUUCCCCCGGCCCAGCCAGCGGCGGAGGGCGCGAGGACUGCUGGAGCGACGGCGCCACCUCUGCCCUGAUCGACGCUUGGGGGGAGCGGUACCUGGAGCUCAGCCGCGGCAACCUCAAGCAGAAGCAGUGGCAGGAGGUGGCUGACGCCGUCACCAGCCGCGACGGCUACACCAAAGCCCCCAAGACCGACGUCCAGUGCAAGAACCGCAUCGACACCCUUAAGAAGAAGUACAAGAUCGAGAAGUCCAAGAUCUCCUCCUCUGCCGGCGGCGCUACCCCCUCCUGGCCGUUCUUCCACCGCCUCGACCUUCUCCUCGGACCCACCCACAAGCCCGCCCCGCCGCCACCCAGCAGCACGAUUCCCGCCGGUGUUCCCUUCCGCUACCCCCAGCGGAUCCCGCAGCGGCUCCGUUCCAACCACCCCACCUUGAAGAAGAAGGUGAGAUCGUCACCGGCCUUGGCGUCCAAGUCGGCGGGCUCGUCUGCGGACUCCUCCGACGGGUUCCCGCCGCCACCGCCGAAGGAGGCCAACGGCAAGAGGCUCCACCAGGAGCCAGUGGAAGAGGAGGGAGAGGAACAGAGGACGGCGGACCUCCGGGAGCUGGCGCAGGCGAUACUGAAGUUUGGGGAGGUGUACGAGCGGGUGGAGAGCUCGAAGCUGCGGCAGGCGAUGGAGAUGGAGAAGCAGCGGCUGGAGUUCACCAGAGAGCUCGAGUUGCAGAGGAUGGAGUUCUUGAUGAAGACCCAGAUGGAACUCUCGCAGCUCAGGAGUCACCACCAUGGAAAUAGCAGAAAGAGGAAGUUCGAUGACGCUGGUGGCAGCAGCAACCAUCACCAUCACCACCGCAACCAUGACGACAACAACAACAGUAGCAACAGCAAUAUCAGUGGCAACGAUGGGUAGAACAAGUUUAAGAUGGGAGAGUUCUUCAAAAAGUCUCUCUUUUACUAGUUUGUAGUCAGUGUUAGAUUCGUAACCAGAAGAGUUUGUAGUCAUUCUCUACCUGUAUCCCGCUCAGCCUCCCAUGUGGAUAGCAAGCAUCAAUCAAGUUUCUUCCAUUAGGUAGGAUGAUUGUAUUCUUAAUCUCCCUCAGGCACAUUCUAUCCAGAUGUACUGGAUUGGAUUCUGAUGUGUAUCAUGUCCAUCUUUUCUGUUAUGUCAUGUUCAAACAAUCUCUUCACAUAUCAGUCUUCAGAUCUAAUCCAGCAAAAUUGUAAUUUGUAUUCAGAUUCAUUCUAUUACGAUCAAUUAGCAUUCCAU